AAGUGCAAUGUGCACUUAAACAAAAUGGACUUUAACUGUCAGACUCCAGGUUAGACACCCAACCUGUAAAAAAUCAACCUGCCAGACAAGCACUCAAAUGAAGGAACAAAGCAAGCAAGAGUAAAACCAGCAGAAAGACACCGCAAGAGAGGCCGCAAAAAGGAAGGAAGAAGUUUGUAACAGUGAGUGAGAGAGAGAGGGAGGGACGAACGACAGGCAUAUAUAUGCUGUCAGGACGACCGGCUCUUCUAAGCACAGAAUACCCUGUUUACGUGUCGAGACAGAAGGAGAAGCCGAGGGCAGAGGAACAUUUGAAAAGGGAAGAUGGUUCGGUGGUUUCACAGAGAUCUUUCAGGAUUAGAUGCAGAAGCCGUUUUGAAGAGUCGAGGAGUCCAUGGCAGCUUCCUGGCUCGACCAAGCAAGAAAAAUGUCGGCGAUUUCUCCCUUUCUGUUAGAGUUGGGGAGAUCAUCACCCACAUUAGGAUUCAAAACACAGGGGAUUAUUAUGACCUGUAUGGUGGGGAGAAGUUUGCCACAUUGGCAGAGUUAGUGGAGUACUACACUGGAGAUCAUGGAACCCUACAGGAUAAAGAUGGGACUGUUAUUGAGCUCAAAUACCCUUUAAACUGUUCCGAUCCCACCACAGAGAGAUGGUAUCAUGGCCAUUUGUCUGGUCCAAAUGCUGAGAAGUUGCUCCGGGAGCGCAAUGAGCCCGGGACGUUUCUGGUCAGAGAGUCACUUUCCAAACCGGGAGACUUUGUGCUUUCUGCACUCACCGAUGACCAGACCAGUUCUGGAAGGAGGGUCUCCCAUAUUAAGAUCAUGUGCAAUAAUGACCGCUACACCGUCGGUGGUAAAGACCAGUUUGAUAAUUUGACAGACCUUGUGGAGCAUUUCAAGCGUGUUGGUAUUGAGGAGUUGUCUGGCACAAUGGUUUAUCUCAAACAGCCCUAUUACUCGACGAGGCUGAACGCCGCUGAUAUUCAGAGCAGAGUAAAUCAGCUCGACCAGACCUCAGAGAGAGAGAAGAUGGACGGGGCCGAUAAAAAGAUUAAAGCCGGCUUCUGGGAAGAGUUUGAUGCGUUGCAGAAGCUGGAAACGAAGGUGACGAAGAGCAGAGAUGAAGGAAUGAGACCAGAAAACAAAAGCAAAAACAGAUACAAGAACAUCCUUCCCUUUGAUGAAACUCGGGUUAUCCUAGAGAACGCAGAUCCCAAUGUUGUGGGCUCUGACUACAUCAAUGCCAACUAUGUUAUAAACAAACUAAUGGUUACGAACCCCCAGAAGACUUACAUUGCUUGUCAAGGUUGCCUCGCAACAACUGUAGAUGACUUCUGGCAAAUGAUGUGGCAAGAAGAUUCACGAGUAAUCGUCAUGACAACUAGAGAAGUUGAGAAAGGACGGAAUAAGUGUGUGCCAUACUGGCCGACUACUGAGGGAGAGUCGAAGGAAGUAGGCAGAUAUGUGGUGAAGUUAUUGUCUGAAAUGGAUGCUGCUGAUUAUAAAGUGAGGGUGGUGGAGCUCAGUGCUCCGCAUCGGAAUGAGGCCCCCCGAAAAAUUUGGCACUUCCAAUAUCUGAGCUGGCCGGAUCAUGGAGUUCCGCAGGAGCCUGGUGGAGUGUUGAGCUUUCUGGACCAGGUCAACAGGAAACAGGAAGAACUGCGUUCAUCUGCACCCAUAGUCAUUCACUGCAGUGCUGGUAUUGGACGAACUGGAACCAUUGUGGUGAUUGACAUGCUGAUAGACUCCAUUGAUGCUAAAGGUUUGGACUGCGACAUUGACAUCCAGAAGUGUAUUAUGAUGGUACGAGAUCAGCGAUCCGGCAUGGUGCAAACCGAAGCUCAAUACAAGUUCAUCUACUUGGCUGUGCUGCAGUACAUAGAGUCCACUAAAGUCACACGAAGGGCCAUCAUGGAAACUGAAACCGAAUAUGGAAACCUCUCGAUUCAGUCCAAACACCCAAAGGCCAGUCGCAAAGCUUCUUCGAAAAAAAAUGAGGAUGUUUAUGAGAAUCUGGGCGCAAAGGGAAAGAAAGACGUCAAAAAGCAGAAAUCUGAAGAGAAGAAGGGUGGUGGAUCUGUUAGGAAACGAUAAAAAUAACAGAAAAAUAAUUUGAUUUAAUUUCGCUUCUUUGUUGUACAGCUUAUUUUGAAGUACGUUUUCAGGUGUUUUACAGUCAAACUGUUUAAAAAGAAAACUGAGCCAAGGCUUUUACAGAGAUUAUCAAACAAAUCUGGCUGUUUUUUAGUCUAUUUGUUAAUUUUUUUUUAAAAAGUGUUAAGUAAAAAAAAAAACAAAAAGAUUGUAAUCGUAGUAAAUCAUCGAUUUGUUCUCAGCUUUAAUAAAAGUCCUUUCCAGAGUU